UUCCUAUACGUUUAACCUGUAUCUUAUGUGCAAUUUUAAUUCUGACUUUUUAUUUCUGUUGGUGUCUGUCUUUCUUUCUUGCAGUGGAAGCGACUGCUUUACAGCCCUAAACACCUGGUUCCAGUGACAUGGCAGCUACAGGUGUUCAAUACUCAGAACCUGGAUCCAGUAACAAUCCAAGGAAGGAAUUGUCCCAGAGAAAUGUCUCAGCAGAGAGCAGAGUCCCAGCAGACCAGAUGCUGCGCUUAGUUCGGACAGAGUUCAUUAACAGAGUGUCUCAAGCUGUUCUGGAACAGCUUCUGGAUAAACUUCUUGAGCGGGAAGUGAUCACUUAUUCUGAAAUGACGUCAGCCAGAGGGAAACCCCAAUUUGAUAAAGCACGAGAGGUGGUGGACACGGUGCAUCAAAAAGGAGCUGCAGCCUGCAGGGUUCUGAUCAAUGCUCUCCGAGAGAUAGACCCGUAUAUUUACAAAGAGCUCAACUUGAGCUGAAGUUAAACCUCGUGGAGUGUGUGUGAAAGCCCCCGCUAGUUUUGCAUGUUGCUACCUGUAACUAGAGAUGGGUGUCAGGUACUGAGUUGUUACAGGUACCUGAUUGGUCAGUUCUACUGAUGUAGCAGCGCAGGGGGAGACACAUAUAAAAACACAUUCUCUAACUGUCCAAGUCUUUUUGUUAAAACACUGCAGAGCCCAUACUGUGCCUUUUUACUUCCUGUCUGUCUUCUUCUGCUGUUCCCUUUAGUGUUUACUUCCUGUCUGUCUUCUUCUGCUGUUCCCUUUAGUGUUUACUUCCUCUCUGUCUUCUUCUGCUGUUCCCUUUAGUGUUUACUUCCUGUCUGUCUUCUUCUGCUGUUCCCUUUAGUGUUUACUUCCUGUCUGUCUUCUUCUGCUGUUCCCUUUAGUGUUUACUUCCUGUUUGUCGGUUUAAUUACUUUUUUUUGCGCUUACUGAGAUAAAAGAGGAGGAUUUAAAAGCAGUAAUGUUAUAUGUGAUUCAACUUGUAACACUGUUCAAACUGCUUAUUAUUAUUAAAAACAUGAAUUAAAAAC